GGAGAGAGAGAGAGAGAGAGAGAGGGGUGGUUGUAACGGCGCGGUUGCCGUUGCUGAUGUGAUGCACACAUGUCCGCGGGUGUGAAGUCGCCAUUCUCCGCCCUGCAGCGCGGAUUCUCCGUCUCCCUGUGCGGACACCAGCGCUGAUCCGGAUCACACACCGACUACAAGCACCGCAGGCCUGGAAGACCGAACAGAAUCAGUACCUUGGCCUGAUAGGACAUCAAAUCAAUAACUGAUGCAGUUUAUUCUGUAUGGACGAGGCAUCUGACCGGAUUUUUAUUCCCCCACACCUAUUUUCCCAGACCUCCAACAUGGGACGACAUUGAUUGAAGAAGAAAAGAAUCUUCCUUCUUUAUUUCAUCCCGCGACGAUUUCUAGGCUAAUCUCUCGAGCCUAUAAAUAUUUGAAUAAAGACCAAAUCCAGGCUGAUGACUUACCAAUGACGCCAAUACGGCAGCGCAUUCUUUAUAGUAGCGCUGGAUGUGUCUGUGCACCCCCAUAUUUCUAUAAGUAGACUGCUAUAGAUUUCCUCAUCACUCGUUGUCUUGGUGAUGUGCUUAUUUUAAAGGCAGGUUUUUUUUGGGGGUGCUUAUUAAAAACACAGGGAUCCGCCAAAUCCAGCACUGAUCAUUGUAUCCACAUCCUGACUGGGCCAAUAUUUACUUCACACUUAUUUUUGGUCAAAUUCUUUUUUUGUGUGUGUGUGUGUGUGUGUGUGUGUGGGUGUGUGUUGCUGUUUUGUCAGCAGCUAAUACAAGGCAUUAAGGAACAGUUUUCUCCCAUAGCCUUCAGGCAGACAUCAGGCUUCUAUCAGGCUCGCACUCAUGGAUCAGCCCACCAAGCUGCCCCCGUCGAGUCCGUCCUCACCCACGGCGGCCUUCUCUGUGCCCAGUGCUGAGAAGGUGGAUGGCUUUCCACGCCGCUCCAUGCGCAGAGCUCGCCAGAGAAGGUCACACAGCUCGUCGCAGUUCCGUUAUCAGAGCUCGCAGGUGGAGCUCACAGCUCUGCCUCUGCUCAAAGAUGCCCCAGUGGCAGAGCUGCAUGAUCUGUUUUGUAAGAAGCUGCAGCAGUGCUGUGUGCUCUUUGACUUCCUGGACUGUGUGGCUGACCUGAAAGGGAAAGAGAUCAAGCGUGCGGCGCUAAAUGAACUGGUGGAGAGCGUGGCCACCAGCCGCGGCAUCCUUAUUGAGCCCCUCUAUCCUGAGGCCAUCAAGAUGAUUUCAGUGAAUAUCUUCCGUACUCUGCCGCCCAGUGAGAACCCAGAGUUUGAUCCAGAGGAGGAUGAACCCACACUGGAGGCCUCCUGGCCCCAUUUACAGUUGGUCUAUGAGUUCUUUUUGCGCUUCUUGGAGAGUCCUGAUUUCCAACCUUCCAUGGCCAAACGUUAUGUGGAUCAGAAAUUUGUUCUGCAGUUGCUGGAGCUGUUUGAUAGUGAGGAUCCCAGAGAGAGGGAAUAUCUGAAGACCAUACUGCAUCGUGUCUAUGGCAAACUGCUCGGCCUCAGAGCGUACAUCCGGAAACAGAUCAACAACAUCUUCCUCAGGUUCAUUUAUGAAACUGAACACUUCAAUGGAGUGGCUGAACUGCUAGAGAUUUUGGGCAGUAUCAUUAAUGGCUUUGCGCUGCCUCUGAAGUCAGAGCACAAGCAGUUCCUGGUGAGGGUCCUGAUCCCCUUACACACUGCCAAAUCUCUGUCCAUCUUUCAUGCACAGCUUGCCUACUGUGUGGUGCAGUUUAUGGAGAAAGAUGCCACUGUUACAGAAUACAUCAUCAGAGGGUUGCUGAAAUAUUGGCCCAAAACAUGCACUCAGAAAGAGGUGAUGUUCCUGGGGGAGAUUGAGGAGAUUCUGGAUGUGAUUGAGCCAUCACAGUUUAGCCGUGUGCAAGAGCCACUUUUUAAGCAGAUCGCCAGCUGCAUCUCCAGCCCCCACUUCCAGGUUGCAGAGCGGGCUCUGUAUUUCUGGAACAAUGAGUAUAUUCUGAGUCUGAUCGAGGAGAACUGUCAGGUCAUCCUGCCUCUGGUCUUUGGCACGCUUUACCGAGUCUCCAAAGAGCACUGGAACCAAACUAUUGUGUCACUUAUUUACAACGUCUUGAAGACCUUUAUGGAGAUGAAUAGCAAGCUUUUUGAUGACCUUACUGCCUCCUACAAGGUAGAGAAACAGAAGGAGCUGAAGAGGGAGAAGGAGCGUGCUGAGUUGUGGAAGGGGCUGGAGGAGCAGCAGGAGCGGAGGCUGCAGAGUCUGGGGGAAGCGAGUCGCAACCAAAAGAACCUGCAAGAGCGAGAGAACCUGAGCAAGAACGAGCCGGAGAGCAGCGCUGCCAGUGCCACCUAGAAC